AUGACAUUGAGAAACACCAUUCUGACCACCUUCGUGGCUGUUACUACAUUACUACCGGGCUGCCAGGCACAAGCUCCUGAAGCAGUGGUUUAUAACGACCCGGGCACGGGAAUCACCUUCGAUACAUGGAAUGUGCCAUCAAGCUCAAAGGCUGGUGGGCUCACCUUCGGCGUAGCAUUGCCUAACGAUGCUCUCAAAUCAGACGCUACUGAUUUCAUCGGAUACCUACGCUGCACGGCUACCGAUGAGUCCGCAGCAAAGGGCUGGUGUGGUAUUACACUAGGUGGCUCUAUGACAGACGCCCUUUUAUUUGUUGCGUACCCCGAUGGCGACGCAGUGCGGUCCUCCCUACGCUUCACCUCGGAAUACGCGAUGCCCGGUGUGUACGGCGGCAAUGCGACCGUAAAGCCGAUUUCCUCUACUGCCAACUCGACCGGUUUCUCAUUGAUCUUCCAUUGUCAGGACUGUCUGCAUUGGUCGCAGGGUGAGACUACUGGCAGUGCAUCCACCAGCAGUGGUCUCUUGGACUUGGGCUACGCGCAGUCCGUCAAAGCACCGAGUAAUCCGUCCUGUGCGGCCGACCUGAAGCUUGCUCGACAUGAUAUACAGGGUACCUGGACCGCGAUGCUUGAUGAUCAUGCUGCGAGCGACUCCUACGAUAAGUGGCUGGGCCAAGCGAAGGAUGCAGUUCCUGAUAAAUGCUCUGCCUAG